ACCCUCACCUCGUACACACAGACACAUAGACACACACAGACACACACACAGACACACAUCAAACACUAACUCUGCUAAUGAAUUAGUGAGCCGCAAGCAGCCAAACAGCAGCACCUCCUGACCGCCAUUCCGCACCCAAAAAAAAAAAAAAUCCAAACCAAAAAAAAAAAAAACUUUCCAUUUUCCUCUUCCCACUCUCUGGGACUUCCUUUGCAUUUCGGUGUGUGCAGAGGGGGGGGAGGAGGAGGAGGAGGAGGAGGAGGAGGGGGAGGGGGGAGAGUUGGGAUUUACAGUCUCCUUUAACGCUUGCUGGGACCUUGGAAAAAAAGAAGAGUUACACCAUGUACAGCAAGUGAAAGAAAAGUCUUGUGUGUUUCCAACAGAAGUUGAGGCUUUUCCCCCGCUGCUUCCAGGAGUGAAAAGCAUUGCCUUUAAUACACUUGGAGUGAGACUAAAGAUUACAGUGGAAGGGAAGAUUGACAUGGUUCAACAGUGUCUUGGAAAAACCCAUAACUAGAUGUUAUUAGAAAAACCCAUCACUGGAAAAUGAGCACUGGGAAUAUUACUGAUAACUUCUCAAAGGAAAAGGCAAAGAGACACAAGAAACUGGCUCCUCUUUUCAGUGCUCUACACACAGUUUAGUAACUGAAGAUAAAAAAUUGGUCUAAAAACAAAAUCCAGAGAAAAUUGGGAAUUUGCCUUCAUUUGCCUCUGAAUACAGUGCACUGUUUUUGGAUUCUGCUAUUUCCAGGGAUUUUUAGAAGGCAUCCCCAUCGAAUGGGGAAGGAAUUCUGUAUAAGAGACUUAGAAUGAAAUUCUGAAACCAUCUAUAAUGCAUUCGUUUGGGUCACUUCUUGGCAACCCUUUAUUAAUGACAGGAACAUGAAUUGUCAUUGAAGUUUUCCCUAUUCUGGCUAUCCAAUGCCAAACAGUGAUGUCUCUGUCCUGAGAGGACUUAUUUGUUAAAGCUCCUGAUUAAUUCAGCUCUAAUAUCUUUGGAACGUGGAGUUUACGAGGUGCUGAUAUUGUUCUGAGUACUAAUUUUUCAUGAUCCCAAUAAUCAAAAGCAACCCAAGAUUCUGUGACGAACCUCUCCUCCAAGCAGACACUGUGCUGUUCAUGUUGUUGGAUCCUUGAAGGCUCAUUUAUAAAACGGUCCACACAUGAAGUCACCAUAAAGAGGGUGGAUCAUACUUCUUAUAAACCUCAUCAUUUUGAGGUGGGGCUAAGAUGAGCAUAACCAGCGACGAAGUGAAUUUUUUGGUAUAUCGUUAUCUCCAGGAGUCAGGUUUUUCCCAUUCGGCCUUCACAUUUGGUAUUGAAAGUCACAUCAGUCAAUCCAAUAUCAAUGGAACACUAGUGCCACCUGCUGCCCUGAUCUCCAUUCUUCAGAAAGGCUUGCAGUAUGUGGAGGCUGAGAUAAGCAUCAAUGAAGAUGGUACAGUCUUUGAUGGUCGCCCCAUAGAGUCCCUAUCGCUAAUAGAUGCCGUGAUGCCUGAUGUUGUACAGACCCGACAGCAGGCAUUCAGAGAAAAACUAGCUCAGCAGCAAGCCAGUGCAGCAGCCGCCGCCGCCGCCGCCGCUGCCGCCGCCACCGCCGCCACGGCCGCCGCCACCCCAGCAGCCAUCUCCCAGCAGAACCCACCAAAGAAUGGAGAAGCCACUGUGAAUGGGGAAGAGAACGGGGCACAUGCAAUAAAUAAUCAUUCAAAACCAAUGGAAAUUGAUGGUGAUGUGGAAAUUCCACCUAACAAAGCAACAGUCCUUAGGGGCCAUGAAUCCGAAGUGUUCAUUUGUGCCUGGAAUCCUGUCAGUGAUCUCCUAGCGUCUGGGUCUGGAGACUCAACUGCAAGGAUAUGGAAUCUUAAUGAAAACAGUAAUGGAGGUUCUACCCAGCUAGUUUUGAGGCAUUGUAUACGCGAAGGAGGACAUGAUGUCCCUAGUAAUAAAGAUGUAACUUCAUUGGACUGGAAUAGUGAUGGAACACUGUUGGCUACAGGUUCAUAUGAUGGUUUUGCAAGAAUAUGGACAGAAGAUGGUAACCUGGCAAGCACCUUAGGUCAACAUAAAGGUCCCAUCUUUGCUUUAAAAUGGAACAAAAAGGGGAAUUACAUUUUGAGUGCUGGUGUUGAUAAAACAACAAUAAUUUGGGAUGCCCAUACAGGAGAAGCAAAACAACAGUUUCCUUUUCACUCAGCCCCUGCUCUGGACGUAGAUUGGCAAAACAACACUACUUUUGCAUCCUGCAGCACAGACAUGUGUAUCCACGUAUGCCGACUUGGCUGUGAUCGCCCAGUUAAAACGUUCCAAGGACACACAAAUGAAGUCAAUGCAAUCAAAUGGGAUCCUUCUGGAAUGCUGUUAGCAUCCUGCUCUGAUGACAUGACGUUAAAGAUUUGGAGUAUGAAGCAAGAUACAUGUGUCCAUGAUCUUCAGGCUCACAGCAAAGAGAUCUAUACCAUCAAAUGGAGUCCAACAGGACCAGGUACCAGCAAUCCAACCUCCAACAUCAUGUUAGCAAGUGCAUCAUUUGAUUCUACUGUCAGACUGUGGGAUGUUGAACGGGGAGUUUGCAUCCAUACACUGACCAAGCAUCAAGAACCUGUCUACAGUGUAGCAUUUAGCCCCGAUGGAAAGUACUUGGCUAGUGGUUCUUUUGACAAAUGUGUCCACAUCUGGAAUACUCAGAGUGGAACUCUAGUACAUAGCUACAGAGGCACUGGAGGAAUCUUCGAGGUAUGCUGGAACGCUAGGGGAGAUAAAGUAGGAGCAAGUGCAUCUGAUGGCUCUGUUUGUGUUCUAGAUCUGCGGAAAUAAAGGCAAAAGCCUAUAGAAAAAUUUUUAAAUGGACCAGCAGUGAAUGUGUGGGGUAGCAGCACUCUUCAAAAACAAUUCUAACAGCUCAAAACUGUACAAACUUGACUUAAGUUAGAGUGUACAAUGACAACAAUUCUCCCUGGCCACAAGGAGUCUAGUAUUUUUCUGUAAUCUUCAUCAAGGAGUAAAAAAUAAACACACACAUACACACACACACAUACACACACACACACACACACACACACACACACACACACAAACACAAACACAGUCAUAUCACAGGGGAAAGGAUGGUUUCCACCUGGAACAUUCAGCCUUGGAAGCAUGAAGCCACCAGCUAGACACUGCAACUGUUGGGUUUGCAUCUGAGAACUCAUUCUGAUGGCUGGGAAAAAAAAAACAAAACAAAACCAUGAAAGCUGUGCCAAAAAAAAAAAAAAAAAACAACAACAAAAACAAAACAAAAAAAGCAAAAUGCUGUGAUAAACCAAAAGGGAAAAAAAUUCCUCCUCCUUGUGGUGUUUUUUUCUCCUUCCAAUUUGGACACUACAGUUGCUUUCCCAAAGGACGUUCAGAGACCAGUUUGUACUGAUGAAAUGCGCGACUUUGUAAUCUCAACACUUUCUAUUUUCUAGAAUUCUUUUUGUUCAAUGUUUUUUCUAUCCGCUGGAAUAUUGUAGCCUGGGCACUUACAGGCUUAGAUUGGAAUUGGGAUUUCCCCUCCUCCCCUUUUCAGUUUUGUUCCUCCUCUUUUAUUUUUUCCUUCCCCCCGCCCUUUUUUUUUUUUUUUUUUUCUUUUUAUUUGUUCAGUAAGCCCACAAUAGAUACAGCCUAAUGGACAUAACAAAAUUUUUGAAAGACAGCUUUCCUCUUCUUCCUCUUCUUUUUCCUUUUCCUCCUCUUUUAUCAUGCCCACCUUCAUCUUUUCAUUAACUCCUUCUCUCUUUCUUUUAGUCCUCCAUGCUUUAGACCUUAGCAUCUAAGGGGCACUUUUCAAUAAAUUGUGUAUUAAGUGCUUUAUGUGAGAGUAGAGGGCUAGGGGAGCUUUUUACAGGAGAAAGAUGACUUAUUAGAGAAAGAACCUGGAGUAUUUUUGGAAAAAAUAUUUUUUAUGUUAAACGAUUUUAAAAACCUAAAAUUGCCACCAGAAAUAGGCAGAUUUGUGUGAUUCAUGUAAAAGACACAGAGUUUGAAGUACUUAAAGAUGCAGUAUCCCUUUUCCUCUUUGCCUCAUGAAAUGCUAUAGGAAAAAUUUGGUUGAACAGAUAUCAACCUUCUCUCCCCCAUUUACUGUGUGAGUUAUUUUAUUAACACAUCAGCUUGUUUGCAGUGUGUGUAAAAAAACAAUUCAAACUCUUGGUUCUAAGCACAGUAUUUCAUUUUUCAAGCUUUAGAUUCACUUUAGUAGCUAACAGUAAGUGACAGACUAUAGGCACUAGGACUCAACAGAAAUUUCCAAACUCAUAAGGUGUGGAAGGUGCCAUUAAAACCUACCCCCAAGGCAUGAUUUCAACUAUUAUUCAUUCCUUUUUUUUUCUUUUUUUUUCUUUUUUUCCCCUUUUUUUGCAGUAACAGACACAGCUCUUUGGUAUCAUCACCACUCUAGAGAUUACCAUUGGCUAGUCAUCACAGAGUAGACUUUAAAAGGCUCCAAGAUCAGACUUUAGAGAAUAACCAAAAUAAAUGUGAGGAAGAUUUUUCCUUCCUGAGGAUGAAAUAUGUAGGUAGGAUAUUAUUAAUAAUUUCUGCCGCUCUUUAUAAUUACUUUCCCUGAUGAGAAAAUGGGGAGAAUGUUUGUUUGAAUAAUAAAUCUUUUUACGAUUGUUUUUAAGAUAGUAAUUUCUUUGUGUUCCUAGCGGAGCUCCAUAUUAUCGUGAUCAGGUGAUCUUUUGCACUAUUUUUUCAAAAUCCUACACUGGCCUAUUUUUAAGAUUAGCAAUAGGGGAAAAUACUUAUGAAAGGAAAGGAGAGAGGCUCUUUUUACAAAAAAUCAUGCAUUUUAUUGCAAGCCUAGGAUGGGAUCAGUGGGUUGGUCUGGUAAUUGGGGCCCCUGUGGGCUGCUGAUAACAGACAGAUUCCAGCUGGAUGCAUGUUCCAGGGAUGAUCAGGGGUAUUCUUGAAAAAAUGAAUUGUUCUCUUUGGAGAGGGAAGCCUGUCUCCAUGAAACGAGAAGAGCUUCCAACAGUAUUCUGGAAUAGAAUUGAAGCAGUUACCAAAACUGUUGCAUGGUUUUUUUGUUUUGUUUUGUUUUGUUUUGUUUUUAUUAAUUGUUCCAGGAUGAUUAACAAGAUAACACUUGGGUAUUUGAAUUAUCCAAGAUCUGUCCUCUAGAGGACCAAUGAAGUGCUCUGCUUAUGAUCAGAGUAUUUUUUUUUUCAUCUAUUUGUUCCCCAGGCACUUAAAACAAAGCCAAGCUAAAGGUUUCACCAUUCCCUUUUUGGAAGACAGUGGGCCCAAUUAAUUGAUUUUAAAAUAACAUGACGACUACCUUGCUGUCUAGGUAGAUUUGUGGAACAGUGUGGUUAGUGCCAUCUUUAGUCCUCUCUCUACAAGACCCACACUCACCCUUCCCCCAAAAUAAAUCACUGUACAGAUUUAACCACCUCUAAAUAUACAAGUGAAUGUUGUCAGAAGGUAGUGGCCCCAUUUUUAAUGCUUACCACCAGUGACCACCCCCACCAACCACCACCAUCAAAAAAAAAAAAAAAAAUGGAGGCAAGGAAUCUGAAGAACCUGUUAGACAAUCUAAAUAUUGAUGUGAGCAGCCAGGGUCUUACUGAAGUAUUUUCAUUUUACCUCUUGGUAAAAUUUGAACCCCGUUUGCAUGAUCCGAUUGAAUUAGAGCACUGUGCUCAGGAAGCUAUGUUAGCUUCACAGAAGGAAAAAAUUUCUUCAGGCCACAGAUGAAACCAUUUGACUAGGCAUCUGUCUUUCCAAAGCAUGUCACUGGUUCACAAAGAACCAGGUAACACAGCGUGGAUGAUCCCACACAAAUCCAUCAACCCCAUCAGAAAAAAAAAAUCAUUUUGCUCAUCCAUGAGUAACUACUUACUCAAGAUGUCUGCCCUACUACCAAUGAGAUGGUGGAUUCAUCUUUAUACCUUUCAAAGGACAGUUUGUUUUAUUUUUAUCAAUUAACUUUGUUUACAAUUCUUAAAAAUUGUGAGAAACAGAAGUACUUAAUAACUUAGUGACCAAAUGCCCUAAUUCUGUGAGCAGAUUAAAUGAAUCUCCUUCACUGACUGUCUUCAACUGAGUUUGAAAAGAUGAACAGCUAUGUUGGAGGGCCUGUGCCUGAGCUCAGUGUGAGAAAGAGUACUGCAUCUUUCACUUAGGAAGCAUUGGGUUGGUUCCAUGGGGGGACAAAAAGGGCCUAACAGGACAGGGUUGAACACGCACUAACCCCAUGCUACAUUGUAGGACUUUACUUUUGAUUUGUCUUUUUUUAAAGAAAAAAUAGAUCAUUUCAGAGCCAAGUGACGUGCACUUUGUCCAACGUAAGGGUCUGCUUUUUGUUGUUAUUUUUUCCUUUAAAAAAAAAUCUUUGUUUUGCCUUUUUAAAAAAUUGUGUUUCUUGUCAAAUGCAGAAAUGUUUUCAGCCACUCACUGAAGUUUUUGAAUUCUGGCUUGUGCAGUUUUUAUUGUCUGUGUCAGACUUGCAGCCAGACUCGGUUCUCCGUCAGCAUUUCCCAAGUUCAGUUAAGUCAACAUUGACCCAUUUUGUUCCCCCGCCACCCCCUACUCACCACACACUUAAAAAUCACCUUGUGUGUCGUAACUCAUUUGUUUCAAGGAGAGAAUCAACAGAUCAUAUUCAGUGUCUUGAAUAAAUUGCUAUAUUUUGAUAUUA